CUCACAAUGCCCUCGCUCGCACAGAAUUUACCUGUGAUCAUCGCGGAACGUGUAUUGCAUUUCCUGAUACUCGGGGAUACCACUGAAGAAGCGUGGCGAACUCACAGCAAUGCUACCUUUAGGUGCCUCCGACCCGUAUCGCAGCUGUGCCGUUCGUGGCGUGCUGCAUCGGUGGACCGUUUGUUCGAGCAUGUAUGUAAACUGCCUGCAGGAGAAAAUUCUAAUCCUCGGCACGCAAAUAACAUUCACGGGUUCCUCGAGGCGAUUCAGCGCCUGUUUCCUGCGGCAGUAUAUACCACUGUCUUUCACGGGUGGCCAGAAGCGAGUGAAAGCUGGCCGCUGCUCGCAGUCGAGCUACUGAGAGGUCUUUUUCUGCGGAAUACGAGGGUGUCAUGUAGUGAAAUAUGGCUGACGACUGUCCCUGGACUCAUUUCAGACGAUGCCUGCCUGCAGGGCAUUGAUGCGACUAUCAUGUCUCCUUCACCCCACUUCAUCGAAAUCGUUCGUCGCAGUGCCCCUGCCUUGCAGCACUUGCGCCUAAAGCUUGGCCAGUCUUUUAUUUUCAAGAGGGUUGUGGCUGGUGAUGAUGGAGCAGGGCCUGUGUUUUCGCAAUUGCGCAGACUUGAACUGUUCUCGUCCACAGACAGGUCAGCACUUGCAAAUGGCAGACUCGUUUCGCCGGAUGGCACGCCAUUUCCUGCGCUGGAAACCCUUUCUUGCCACAUGUCAUAUCCAUUCGGCAACGAUGUUCUUCUUCGCGGAAAUGGGCAGUCUCUCCGUGUCCUUGAUAUCUACAUCUCGAACGAGCUUCUCGAUGUGUUUGAACGGUGCAGUGUAUUUGCAAGCCAGAGGUUCACUGCACUUGCUUGCCUGAAGCUAGGGAAUCUCCAGGGAGAGCAUGGUGUGAUUGAUAAAGCGCGCGUGGUGCGCAUCUGCAAUCUAUUCCAGCAGAAAACAGUUGUUGAGGUCUUGGGCCGUGUUGACUUUCUAUACGACACAUUGCAGCCAUAUCUCGGCGACAUGGCUCGGACGAUCCGUGUGCUGGAUAUCCCGCAGCUGGAAUGUACCUUUGAGCAGAUUGUCGUGUUAAUCAGCUCGCUUCCUUUCCUUCAGAUGCUGUCGGCCACCUGUCUUAAAAGCGAUGCCCUUGCAAGCGAGAUAGAUUCUGUGCAUGCCACUUGCACUGGCAUGUGUGCAGUCAAGAAAUCAGUCGGUCGUGUCACCAACAGAUUUGACAACCCAGCUCAGCUGCAUUUUGACACCCAUUUGGAUAUCGCCUGCCAAACAGUGGGCUUCGCUGGCUCAGUGUACGCAUCUGGUCCUCCGAUCUCACAGAGACUAAUCGACCUGGAUAUUCGCAUUGAGCGGGCCAACAAACGCAUGCAGGCAAUUCGUCUUUGUAUCAUCCUCGCUAUACUAUGCCCCUCCGUUCGAAGCUUUACCUACUACUCAAGGACAUCCGAGCUUACAGUUGACCGCUCUCGCUUUACAUCCAACAAGGAGUUUCAGAAGCUGACGGCGCGUGUGAGAUCCAGCAUCGACAAUUGCCUUGAUAUGCAUUAGGAAUCGCUUUGUUCAAGUGGUGGUUUUGUUUGAGAUGUGUGAAU